GACUGAGGGCGGAAGUUUUAACCCCCUCCUCUCUCUCUCCUCUCUCUCUCCCUGUGUGAGUGUGUGCGCGCGCGCUGUGUGUCUGUGUGUGUGUGUGUGCUUGCGCGUGCGCGUUGUGUGUGUGCAGCGAUGGCAGCAGCGGCGGAGCAGCGGCGGUGUCUCAGUCGGUAAUGAACAUCGCUCGGGGAUGGCGGAGAAACCUCUCACGUUGUUCGUGAAGCUGUUCGCCGCCGGGUUUUACGGUGUGAGCUCGUUCCUCAUCGUCGUGGUGAACAAGAGCGUGCUCACGAACUACAGGUUCCCCUCUUCAAUAUGUGUGGGCAUCGGACAGAUGCUGGCCACAGUGGUCGUGCUGUGGGUGGGCAAGGCUGCGAGGGUGAUCAGCUUCCCGGACUGUGAUGAGAGCAUACCUCUGAAGACGUUCCCUCUACCUCUCCUCUAUGUGGGGAAUCAAAUCACUGGUCUGUUUGGAACCAAGAGGCUGAAUCUGCCCAUGUUUACAGUCCUCAGGAGGUUCUCCAUCCUGUUCACCAUGAUGGCUGAGGGAUUCCUGCUCAAGAAGAAGUUCUCCCGGCCGGUGCAGCUGACAGUAUUUACGAUGAUCCUCGGGGCGUUCAUAGCUGCCAGUGCCGACUUAUCCUUUGACCUGCAUGGCUACGUGUUCAUCCUCAUGAACGAUGUCCUGACUGCAGCCAACGGAGCCUAUGUGAAACAAAAAUUAGAUGCAAAGGAGCUGGGGAAAUAUGGAUUGCUGUAUUAUAAUGCAUUAUUUAUGAUCCUUCCUACUCUGCUGUUGGCUCAUGUGACUGGAGACAUGCAGAAGGCGGUGGAGUAUGACGGCUGGUCGGACCCGGUUUUCCUCACUCAGUUCAUCCUCUCUUGCAUCAUGGGGUUUGUUCUGAUGUACUCCACCGUGCUUUGUACUCAAUACAACUCUGCUCUAACCACCACGAUCGUCGGCUGCAUCAAGAAUGUGCUGGUGACGUACAUCGGGAUGGUGUUCAGCGGAGACUACAUCUUCUCCUGGACGAACUUCAUCGGGUUAAAUAUCAGCAUCGCGGGAAGCCUGGUGUACUCGUACAUCACUCUGACGGAGGAGCAGACGAACAAAGCGAGCGAGAGCACGAAGCUGGACAUAAAGGGGAAGGUGGUUGUAUGAUGGAGACACUGGAUUCUACUUUUUUACAUGACGGACGGGAAAACUGUUUCAAGAGACUUUAAUUUAUGGAGUAUUUCAGCAGGAGGUGAUGCGAGCGGGCCGUCACGCUGCCUCUCCUGCUGCUGCCAUGGUUACGAACCCUCCAGAGGGAUUGGGGUGGACUUUUAGCCGGUGUGUUUUUUUUAUCUAUAUUUGUAUUUUGAUACUGGACAUGAGGGGAAAACUUUAUUUAUAUGACAACAUUUCCUUCCUGACUGAUGAGCUGAAAUCAGUGUGUGGGAUUCUCACGAGAAGGUUGUUUUAAAGGCACAAUCCGUGUUUUUAUCGCCUUCUCUGGUUUGCUGUUUACAAGGAAUGUAACUUUAGAUGCCUUUAAGCACAGAGAUGCACUGACACGCACACGACCUGUCCCCUCAGUCUUCACCGUUUAAAGCUUCAUAUUUAAAAACAUGUUACUUCAUCUUCAACCAAAGUGGAUGCGUGUAUGCCGUCAGGUGUUAAUGCUGCACAGUUUACAUUCCCUCUGUGUUACAGGAGUGUUUCUAUGCAGGAUGAACAGAUCUUUAUCAGAAAGGGGAUUCAUAUAUGUUUGUGUGUGUGUGUUUGACGUUCUGGCACUUUGAACUGAGGCGACACCUGCUGACAGGUGAGACUGUUUCUGUUACAUUCAUGCUCGAGAUUAUUGAACCUUCCUGAGAUUCAGAUUUCAGGUUUUAAAGUAUUAUGAAAACAUUUCUAAACUUUUAAUAGUCAGGUACACGUUUUUUUUUUACUCUUUUUAUCUGCAUCAUUUUAUAUUUAUUACUUUUUUUAGACUAAUGUUGGUUUUUGUAGGAGGAGUCGGUCGUGAACUGUUGAUGUCUCAAACAGUAACCAUGGAUUUCUAGUGAGGAUGUAUUUUUACAUUAAAAGAAAACCUGCUGACGUGAA